AUGAGCAAUCUGCGGCUGGUGGAAACGGUGCACGAUGCAGCUCAUAUCCAUAAUGAUGGCGGGUGGGUGAAUGACCAGGAACGGGAACUCCUUGAUCUUAUCGGUAUGACUGUGAAGCGCAAGAAGGCCAAGCAUGCUGGCAUGGGCAAACUGGAGAACAUGAAGAACCGGCCUAUGAUCCUGAUUGACGAUCCGGCCUUGGUGCGCCACCUGUCCAGCGCGGCGACAUUUUCGAUGGGAGAUUUGAAGAAACAUUACGCCUCCCUGCAGGCGCACCUUGCCACCACAGAGGCGCCGCUCGUUGCAUUGAAACACGACCUUGCGAGCCCCGAGAAGGUCGCUGAGGCGAACUUGGAGGGCACGGGUGCGGCGGGUAACCAGAAUGACGCAGUGAAUGACUGCGGAGGUCGAUGGCCGUUAUUGCUGGGAGAGUAUACACGAUAUGGGCGGCAGAUGAUCGUGCCUCAAGUCGGUCUUGAAGAUUAG